AUUAAAAUCUCUAGUUUGAAAUUAGUUGGGGGAUCUGAGAUAGGGGUCGCAACUGCCAACUUCUGGCAUAACCAAGUUUGACAUUUCGUUUGACGUUUAAUAGCAGACAGUAAACGCAGCAGACGAGCAGGCGUUUUGCAAAAGUUAUUAACUUAUUUGCGUUGCCUUUAGUGGCUGUACUAUUAUUGAAAUGGCUGAUUUCCUCACGUUAAAUAAUGGAUGUGGUCAGAAUAUAUUGCAAAUUGUAUCUCGUGGUAAUGCAAUCAUUGCAGAAUUAAUGCGACUCAAAGAUUACGUACCACCAAUUUUCAGGCAGACAGAGCAGCGUUAUGGACAAAUUAUUCUAGAUUUCUCUUAUUUCAAAGCAGCCGAUGCUUAUGAGCAUAAAAUUGAAAAUGAUCCGGUACUGCAAGAACUAGAUGAAGAAAUGCGAGACACAUUCUCCGAUAUACUUACCAGAUUUUACCUAGCUUUUGAAAGCAUCCAUAAGUAUGUCACAGAUUUAAAUGCUUUCACUGAAGAACUAGAAGAUGGAAUUUAUAUACAGCAAUCUAUAGAGACAAUAAUGCUCAGUGGGGAAGGAAAGCAGCUGAUGUGCGAGGCUGUUUAUUUGUAUGGAGUGAUGCUACUCCUCAUAGAUCUGCACUUUGAAGGACCAGUUCGGGAGAGACUCCUUGUAUCUUAUUAUAGAUACAAUGUCCAGCAUUUAUCCACCACUAGAGUAGACGAUGUUUGCGUCCUACUUAGGUCCACAGGGUUUAGCAGUUCACCUUUUAAACGCCCUGCAAACUAUCCUGAAGGAUAUUUCAACCGCAUUCCACUCAACACCCUUAUGGUUGAUCUUGUAAUCAGUCGAUUACGCGCAGAUGAAAUAUACAAUCAAAGUCUCGCUUUCCCUUACCCUGAACAUCGGAGUGUGGCACUAGCUAAUCAAGCUGCAAUGCUUGUCGUAGCGUUAGCUUUUAGCCCGUCUACUCUUCACUCUCGAUCUUCGAUUAUGAGAGAGAUAGUGGAUAGAUUUUUCCCAGAUAAUUGGGUAAUCAGUAUAUACAUGGGGCUUGUACUGAAUUUAUGGGACUGGUGGGAACCGUAUAAAUCUGCUAAAAAUGCCUUGAAUAAUACGUUUGAAGGAACUAACGUCAAGCUAACUGCUCAAAAGUAUGGGCAAAAGUUGAAAAAACAGAUCGUUGACACUAAAGAGUUAUUAUUAUCUAAAAGAAUAGAAGAAAAUGCGAUUGGUAAUACCGUAAAACUUGUUCGCGACUGUAACGUUACUCUCCACUGGAUUCUUCUCCAUACUUCAACAUCCAGUAUAAUGGUUGAAGGAACUAAACGUUCGCGAAGUAUUCGCCAACUCGUUAUACAGGAGGCAAAAUACGCUGCUAUCGAUUGCCUCUGGCUGCUUCUCAGCACCGCGCAAUUAGAGCAAGACGUUAAACAUAUGUACAAGCAGCUUCUGACCGACAAAGAGUCCAAGUGGAAGAGGUAUAAAGAAAUAUGCGUUGAACGAAUCGCUGAUUUAGCGGAAGUAUUUAGCGGAAACAGGCCUUUAGAUGGGGUUGAAAAGAACGAAUGCUUGCAAGUCUGGUUCAAAGAGAUCGGUAAACAUGUAGAUUCCUUACAACAAGAUGAUGGGAGAAAAGUCGUGCAACUUUUUCAGGCGUUAGAGGAGGUUCAAGAAUUCCAUCAAUUGGAACUAAAUCUACACAUAUCUCAGUAUCUCGCAGAUACUCGCGAAAUAUUACAGAGUAUGCUACGUACGAGUAGCAUAACAGAGGACGUGAUGAUUGCAUUGAAUAUCGUCACGGACUGCAGUUAUGCCUGGAAUAUUAUUGAAUCUUUUAUAACGAUCAUGCAAGACUGCAUCAAGCAGGAUCCUCCGAUGGUCAUAAAGUUGAAGCCACUUUUCUCGAAGAUGGCAUCGGCCUUAGAAACUCCAUUACUUCGAAUAAAUCAAGCUCACAGUUCCGAUUUAUCCUCUGUAUCUCAAUACUAUAGCAGAGAAUUGGAAGGGUUUGCUAGGCGGGUGCUUCAAGUUAUUCCCGAGACAGUAUUUGGGCUACUUGCCCAAAUAGUUUUCCUCGAGACAAAUACCCUUAAAGAGAUACCCUUGCGGUUGAGCAAGGAUAAGCUCAGAGAAUACGCACAACUUGACGACAGGUUGAAGGUCGCCAAGUUGACGUAUACCGUUUCAGUUUUCACAGAAGGUGUGUUAGCUUUGAAAAGCGUUUCUCUUGGAAUUUUAAGGGUCGAUUCCCACCAGCUUCUCGAAGAUGGUAUAAGACAGGAACUCGUUGAAAAAGUAACUCUUGCGUUGCACAGUGGUCUAAUAUUUGACCCUAAAGCGAAGACCGGUGAAUUAUUGAAAAAAUUGGAUAGUCUCGCGGUCGUCUUGGACGGAUAUCGGAGAUCCUUCCAAUACAUUCAAGAUUACAUUAACAUUAACAGUCUCAAGAUAUGGCAGGAAGAAAUUACUUUUAUCAUAAAUGACGCUGUAGAACAAGAAUGUAAAGGGUUAAUCUGGGUACCUGGUCGAAGAAACUUGCAGAAAAAUAAAUUUAAUAGCCAGCUGCCGUCCAGUGAUUCCGGGUCAAUAAAUUUCAUGGGUCGAAUCGUCAGAGAAUUGUUACGCGUUACUGACCCCAAGACCACCGUAUACAUCGAGCACGUAAUCGCGUGGUACGAUUUAAAAACUCAGACCGAAGUAUUGAAUCAUAAAGUAUUUUCGGCGAUAUUGAAAGCCAUGGGAACGGCGGGUUUAACGGGACUGGAUAAGCUUUUAUCAUUUUUGAUACAGACCGAAAUCGAGAAAUUUAUGAACUGGCUAGAAAAAAGAUUCCAAGAUAAAAUUUGGACGGAUGUAUUCAACGAAUUUAACUUAGUCACGGCAAACAGAGAUUCAUCGAAAGCGAAGCAAUAUCUCAGCAUUUCUUCGCGUUGCUCAAAGACUUGGCCGCCGAUGGUCGAUUGGGUUUUGAAAAUAGGGCAUUUGCAGAUGUUGCGUAAAAAAAUAACUUAUGAAUUAAAUAUCGCUUGCAAAUUUAGUGCGAAACAAGUAGAGACUGCCCUGGAUACGUUCAAUAAGGCGGUUCUUUCGGAAAUACGUAGAACGUAUAAUUCGAACGAGCAGCUGGAUCCGACCCGAAAAGAAUUAUUGAGAAAUUUAAGUACGAGAUUGAACUGGGCGGGGCUGAACGAUCCGUACGAAAAACGAUACAUUAAUGCCGCCAAUCUGAAGAAUAUCGAUAUCAUUAUAUUUUUAUUCACCAUAGCGCAACUGCAAAAAAUUUCCUAUUCGAAAAAACUAGCUGGUCUUCUCAGUAAAAAAAUUCAAGAUCCUGUCGACGCUGUUGUUCUCGUAAUAGGUAUUCAAACCAUAUUGAAUCAAUGUAAUCCUGUAGCGCGGGAUGAUUUUAUAUCACAUCUUUGCCGUUAUAUCAUAUCCUUGGAUAUCAGCGAUGGAUCAAAAAACGCUCAAGUUUUAGAGGAGGAAGAAAUCGCGGGCUUGUGCUUCCUGGAGGAAUUUAUUAAGUACUCGAAACUACCAAAAUCAGCCAUACUAGAGCACAUUCCGGUUAUUAUCUUGGAUCAAUAUCAUACGAAAAUUAUGAAAUGAAUCACCGUAGUACACGUACAAAAAAUGAAGAAGCGAAUGGCGAUCAAUUUACACCGGUGAUUGAUUCUAAUGUAUUUAGCCGUUAAGAAAUACUGCUAAGCUACGUGCUAAUGCAAUUAGCCAGAGUAUAAAAGCUCCGAGUUUUCGUAGCGCUGCUUUGACGCAGUAAAAUAUAUAAAAUUUUGCAACAAU